GCUACAAAAAACUUUUUACCUCUGAUUAUAGUGUCGGCUUCCGGAGGUGCGCGAAUGCAAGAAGGAAGUUUAAGUUUGAUGCAAAUGGCUAAAAUAUCAUCUGCUUUAUAUAAUUAUCAAUCAAAUAAAAGAUUAUUUUAUAUAUCAAUCCUUACAUCUCCUACAACUGGUGGAAUAACAGCGAGUUUCGGUAUGUUAGGGGAUAUUAUCAUUGUCGAACCUAAUGCUUACAUUGCAUUUGCAGGCAAAAGAGUAAUUGAAGAAACAUUAAAACAAACCAUACCUGAUGAGGCACAAGAAGCUGAAUUUUUAUUUGAGAAGGGUUCAUUUGACUUAAUUGUACCACGUCAUCUUCUAAAAAGCGUUAUUAGUGAGUUAUUUACGUUUCAUGACCGGGGCACUUUCUUUCACUCAGAGUUUCAAAUGAAUUUGAACUUUAUUUUAUAUUGAUUUUAGAUUGAUAAAAAUAGUUAGAGAAAAACUCACAGAUACAAUAUAGUAGAGUAAAAAAAGAUAACUUUUAUAUGAGUGACUUUCCCUCUAUUUUUAUACCAUUAGUAGGCUUAGUAUUGCCGGCAAUUGCAACGUUUUAUUUAUUUAUUACUGUUCAAGAAAACUAAUAGUUUUUAGAUAUUUUAUAUAGUGAGGUCCUCCCUUUUUUUGUAAGUUGCCCUUUUGUUGUAUCAUAACAGGAAGAGCUGUGAAAUCGUAUUUACUUAAGGCGUUAUUAUUUUAGAUCUAACCAAGUUGAUGAAUUACCCCUAAAGGUUUACAUCAAACUAGUGCUAGUUCUCAUCAAACUAUUAUUUGUUUGAUGAGAAUUACUUUUUUAAAUAGCAAAGUUCCAAAUGAAUGGUUUUCUUCUUAAUUCCAAUAAAAUAAAAUCGGAUGUAAUAUGAGUUGGCAAUCAGAAAAUAUAUGGAUCGAACUUAAACCUGGGUCUAGAAAAAUAAGUAAUUUUGGUUGGGCUUUUAUCCUUUUUUUUAGGUUCAUUGGGAUUCUUAUUAGUAGGAACUUCCAGUUAUCUUGGUAUAAAUUGGAUAUCAUUUUUUCCAGCCCAGCAAAUUCUUUUUUUCCCACAAGGAAUAGUCAUGGCAUUCUACGGAAUUGCGGGUCUUUGUAUUUAGCUCGUAUUUGUGGUGUACUAUUUUAUGGAAUGUCGGUAGUGGUUAUGAUCAAUUCGAUAGAAAAAGGGGAAUAUUUUUUAUUUUUCGUUGGGGAUUCCCUGGAAUAAAUCGUCGCAUUUUCCUCCGAUUCAAUAUAAAAGAUAUAAGGUCUAUUCGAAUAGAAAUGAAAGAAGGGAUUUAUCCUCGUCGUGUCCCUUUAUAUGGACAUCCGAGGCCAGAGGGGCUAUUCCUUUGACUCGUACUAAUGAGAAUUUCACCCCGGUAGAAAUUGAAAAAAAAGCUGCCGAAUUGGCCUAUUUUUUGCGGUGUACCAAUUGAAGUAUUUUGAGAAGGGGGUUACACCUCUUUUCAGUUAAUUUUUUUCUAUUUUUAUUAUUUUUCCAAUUGCAUUUUUUACUAAGACUCAGGAAUCCUAAUUAGCCAAUUCACCAGGCAGUUUUUUAUUAGCACAAGCAAAUCCCCUAUAAAGUUUAAAAGUUUAAGUAUUCUAUUGCUUCAUGUUUCAUUUU